CCCACGUGACCUAGAUACCGGAAGUCGAGGCUGAGAAGAAGAGGCUGAAAAUGGCGGCGCUCGUCAGGGAUCCGUUGGACUCUGCGCUGCGGCGGGUGACGUUGCCAACGGGAGAGCGGUCGGUCGGGGCUCUGCUCCGGGCUCGUUGUCAGGCGCAGGGUCUUCCAGAAGAUCACUUCUAUAUAAAGUACAAUGGUUGCCGUGUUAAUUCAGAAGAUGAAUUACAAGAUGGUGGUGUUUACAGCCUGGAACCAAGACUGUGUGGCGGAAAGGGAGGAUUUGGGUCUAUGCUCCGUGCACUUGGUGCUCAAAUUGAGAAAACGACAAACCGAGAAGCUUGCAGAGAUCUUAGUGGGAGGAGACUUCGGGAUGUAAACCAUGAAAAAGCAAUGGCUGAGUGGGUGAAGCAGCAAGCAGAACGUGAAGCAGACAAGGAACAAAGGCGUUUAGAAAGGCUGAAGCGCAAACUUACUGAGCCAAAGCACUUUUUCACUAAUCCCGACUACCAGCAGCAAUGUCAUGAGAUGGCAGAGAGGCUAGAGGACUCUGUCCUCAAAGGCAUGCAGGCUUCGUCUAGCACAAUGGUAUCACCAGAAAGCACUGAGAGUCGAAAACGGUCAAAUGAGUCUGAAAAGGGAGUACCAUCAGAAAAGAAAAGAUGCUUUUGGUUGGGUGUGGAAGGACUGGAAGAGUCGGAUGGUUCACAAAGCAGUGAUGACAGCGAAGACGAUCAGUCUCCUACCACAUCAGGAAGUUGUACGGCAUCAACUGGCAACCAUCUCCAAAUGAGUGAUGUGACAGAACAAUGUCCCAGCAGUUCAGAGGAUUCUGUAAGCUGUAGUUCAGUCUCUGACACAGCUGAAAAACUGCAGUCACACAUGGGAGAUGCUAAAACAGAUCAGGCAGAGGACCAACCUCCUAGGGAAAGUGCCGCUGAUGAAAACCAUGAAGCAGCCAAGACCCUAAAGGAGGAAAAAGAAACAAAUGUAUCAAGUGUGAGCAAGUUACAGUGCACUGAGACAUCAAUGAUAGAUCUACUGGCUUUCAAUUCUGUUGCUGAACUGGAAACUCUGGGACUAGACAAGCUGAAGCUUGAACUGAUGGCUUUGGGACUGAAAUGUGGGGGCACUUUACAGGAAAGAGCAGCACGACUGUUCUCUGUGAGAGGUCUGUCUAGAGAUCAGAUUGAUCCUGCUUUGUUUGCUAAGCCUUUGAAACAGAAGAAGAAGUAGAGGCUAAUGCUGGAAUUCCUUCUUACAUCUAGAGUUUUCUUCAAGAUUUUUCACAUUGAGCUAUUUUGUGUAAUGUGUAAUAUCUUUUUUUAAAAGUGAAGAUGCAUUCAUGUAAAUACAAUUCUUAUAAGAAUAACUUACAAUUGUAUAGUGCAUGUGUUUCAAGUGAUAGUUAGGAUUACCUGUCAGCAGACUUGCCCUGUCUUUUGAUUUUUGUUGAUAUUCCACUAGAAGAAUGUAAUGGGUUGCUACUGAUUUGCCUUUGGGUUCAUUUUAGCCUGCUUACUUAGAGAAUAAGGGGCAAACUUUAAAUCCUAUAACACAGUGGAAUAACAUGAGGGACUACUGUAGAGUUAAAUACUGUACAUGCUAUGUCCUAACUUACUAAUUAAUAAAACCCAAAGUCAUGGGACCUCCUCAAACCCAA